UUAUAACAAUAAUUCGUGGUUCUGCGAGGCCCCAGACUCGGGUUAUCGAAUGAGGAAACGUGGAACAUUGAACCGGAUAGAUGAAAAUGUCAUCACCAACUAGUGGAGUUUCCUGUGGGGAUAGUAUUGGGAAUAAGUUUGGUGGGUGGUGAUUGAUUAUUUUUAUUCCGUGGAUUUCAUGUCAGUGUGUACAUCUACUUAAUAAAAAUGCAUGAAAACGAAAUAUGUUGAUGUUAAAUUAUGAAAAGAAAUCUAUUGAUCGAACGAGAGCGUGGUAGGAAAUAUCACGGUGCGUUAGUGCAAGGAUCCUAACCUUGUUAAAAAUGAAGUCGGGCACCAUGGACAAACAUAGAGGCUCUACAAUUCUGAAAUCAGAAGAAAAUGAGCAAGUCUUCCAAUUAAUAGGAAAUCGGUGCCAGUGUUUAGCAGCUGGAGUUAUACAAUUAUAUUUGACAGAACCGCCACUACAUAAAGAAUGGAUAAAGAAAACUACAGGUAUUAUAACAUUGAUAAGGGAUAAUCCUAGACGUAGUUUCUUCCUUCGUUUGUAUUGCUUACAAAGAAAAGCAAUGUUGUGGGAACAUGAAGUUUAUAAUGCAAUGGAUUAUAAAGCGCCAUUGACAUACUUUCAUACAUUUGAAGCAGAAGAUUGUAUGGCGGCUUUUAAUUUUGCAAGCGAAACUGAUGCUGUUACUUUAAGAAAUAUUCUUCUUGGUAAAUUGAAUGCCAAACGUCAAAAAAGGCAGCAAAGACGAUCUAAAAUAGAAGGAGAAGUUCAACAUGGUGCAACGUUACCCUGGAGGAAUCAGAGUAACACAUCACCCACUACAUUUAGUACAGGAUCAACUUCUAAUUUAUUAAAUGGAACUCCGACCACUGUUGAUGUCAAUAGAAGCGCUUCAAGUAGUUCCAUAUACAAAACUAAAAAGAAAAAGCGAGAUAAAAUGAAAAAGAAAUUAACAAAAGAUGACAUAGGUCCUCCAUCUAACUUUAGACAUGUUAUGGGAUGGAAUUCUAAUAAUAAAGGACUGGAUUUAGAAUCGCUUGAUUUAUAUUUAAAAAUUUUUCUCGAUAAAGUAGGAGUAUCGGAACAUCAAUUCAGGAACCAAGAGACACGCAAUUUUAUUUACGAUUUUAUCGAGAAGAAUGGAGGCAUGAAUGCCAUUCGAGAAGAUAUUUCUUCCUCUGUCUCAAAAGCUAAUACACAGCAGCAGUCACAACAACAGCAACAUCAACAGCAGUCACAACAACAACAACAACAGCCACAACAACAACAACAACCUCCAGUUGCACCUCCAAGACAGGAAUAUCCUCCUCCAGUUCCUGCAAGAACUAUACCUCAUCAAACAAGAAGUGCUCCACCAUUACCUCCAAGCCGAUUUAAUGCACCUUCGACACCGCCAAAUGCACCGCUUACUGCGCCCCCAGUACAUAGAACAUUACCAACGCGACCACCUCCAGUUUCUUUAACUUCGGCACCAUCACUGCCACCACCUCCACCUCCGGCUCCACCAGCUCCAACUCCACCCUCCAGAAAUAAUUCUACUGCACCUGUUCCACCUCCACCUCCAUUGCCUAACCUAAUAAACGCCAAUGAAGGAACUGUGAAUACAAGUGCUACCAAUAAUAAUAAUCAUAGUAAUAAUAAUAAUAACGAAGAAAAUGCUGAUCCUAGAUCAAUGCUCAUGCAGUCCAUAAGAAGUGGCACCACGCUUAGAAAGGUUGAUAAAUCUGAAACAAAACCAGCAGCUCCUGUUGGGGACUCUAGAAAUGCUUUAUUGGAACAAAUUCGUCAGGGAAUUGAAUUAAGGCCUGUUUCGAAUGAAGUAAAGUCUAAAACACCAGUAUCUCAAGGUGGAUUAGCUAGUGCUUUGUCAAGAGCUCUUGCAGAGCGAUCAAGUGCAAUCCAUAGCGAAAGUGAUGAAUCAACUAGUGAAACCAGCGAAGAUGACGAUGAAUGGGAUGAUUAAUUCAGAUGAAAUAUGCAAUUCGAAGAAUACAAUAAUAUACCACUGUGAUAAAUCUGCUAUUGAUAAACAUGUAAACAUGAAUAGCUACUAUAAAUGUAUAAUGUAACGAUUUUGAAUUUGAAUUAUCCAAAGAAGAAUGAAAAUCAUAUAAAUGUUCUGAAAAGGGAAAACCACUUAAACAUGUUAUCAAAAAGUAAAGCACAAUUAAAUGGAUAGGGCAGGUAAGGGCAGAAUGAAAGUUAUAUUUAUUGUCUUGGAAGCAAAUUCUAUUUAGAACUUUCUAAAAAAUUUUAUUGUAUAAAGCAAUCAUAAUAUUAUACACUGUAAUAGAUAUAUAAAAGUUGGUUUUUCGUUCCGUAUUAUUUAUUUAUGUAAACCGACAUUCGUCAAGUCAAGUACUUACUCAAAGUAGAAAAGCACGUAGUCUCGUAACGCGUUUUAACGAACAUUAGAAGUAUUAAGCGAACGAAUUAUAAAUAUUAUUAGUUAGAAAUUGCAUAAUUGUAUAAUUAUAUUAACAAACUUUAUGUAAGUUCGUUACUUGGUUAUUACUUUAAAGUCCUGCAUAAUGCAUCUGUAAUAAUCACGAAAUUUUUGCCCUAAUUGGCCCUGCCCAACAUGUGCAACUUGAUGUACGCGUAAUUUUAAGUUAGUAAUGACAUUAGUAUGGAACGUAAUUUUAUGAUAAGAAACGUAAACGCAAUAUUUCCAAAUUUCUUGGAAUUGACUCAACAGACCGAAUAGAAUGAUGUAAAAGUAUUAGAAAUGUUGUUACAUUUUCUCGGCAUAAUACUCUAUAUUAUUGCAAUAAUUUCGAUAAUCAGCUAUAAUUCACGAAUGAUACAUCGAAAAGGUUUUAAUUUGUAGGAACUUUACUUAAUAUUUCAAGAGAUGUAUACGUAAUGUAUCUACAGGUACCACUGUACAGGUCGACUUGUAUUUUCUGACAUUUCAAAGCGGAACAUUAAUGGAAAAAAUAAUUCGUUUACUCUUCCAUUGAUUCCCUUAUUGAUUUGAGAUUUUGUUAUCCGAAUUACGGCUUUGCAUCUAGUCGUUUUUAAAGUUUUUAAAAGAUUUAACACAUUACUUACUGGGAGUCAAAAAAUUGACUUUUCGUUAUACAAAUAAUGACUGUUAGGGUAUUUUCCCAGCAGCUUAACCGAUCAUUGUACAUCCGCGUCAGUAUAGCGCCGGUGAGUAAAGUGUUAAGAGUAAGGAGUGGAUAAUUUUGGAAAGUUGCCGUUUCUUAAUUUAUUACAUGAAGUCUAACACUGUCGGCCUUCGUUCUAACAGGAACCAGAAAAAAGUUGCGUUUCAUAGGAUACAAGGAAACUAACGUUAAGUGAGUUUUCAUUACACGAUAUUCUAAUUUAAAAUGACGCAUCAAACGAUUCUUGAAUGUCCUAUUAAAGUAUGUAUAAAGUACGAUUAACGAUGUAGUAAGAAUUUUAUAUUUUCACGUGUGUGAUAUAGGUAUCAAGUUCGCGGAAAUGAAGCGCAAACUGAGAAAUUGUCUAUGGAAAUGUAUGAAGCACAAGAUAGAGUUACGCCACUAUGGAGCAAUCCUAGUCACACCAGAAAAAAAAGAAUAUGUUAAUUAUUAGUUAUUGUAUUUUAUUAUAUUCUAUGCAAUAUUAUCUAACGUAAAUAUACCGUUCGACGAAUGACUACAUUCGACUGAUUAAAAUCACACGUUACAGGAUUUGUUCGGCUGCUUCAAUCUUUAAUCAAGCGUAAUCAUUAUCGAGAGCGUAAUCAAGAAAGGAGCUAUAACUAUAUUUGUUAAUUAGAAUAAAGAGAAGAUAGUGACAAAUAUUUAAAUGAAAAAAGAAAGACUUGUUAUAGAUGAGCUAAUAGCAUAUGAGAAUAAGACUCAAGAGGAUUACAAAUUCUACAAUUGAUGAAUGCAUCAGAAGUAUUGUUGUAUUUAAGAAACAAAUAGACCUAUAGUGGACGCGUAUUUUUGUCCAGUUUCCAGAGGUACAUUCGUCGUCGACCGAAUGUACGAAUAUAGACAUGUUACAAAUCGUAUUCGGUUUGUAUUGUGACUACCAAAUAUGAAAAACUAUAAAAAAAAGAAUUAAUUCACUUUAA